AGUUUGACAGUGACAGUUUGGGAGGAAAGAUGUCCGUUCACUAGCAGGUGCAGUAGUAAACAAAAGUUUAUCGAAAAGGUCAAUGUAAUGGAUUUGACCAGACAAAACGAACAAAUGGUCACAAUCAAAUGGCUAUUUUCGAGCGGCAGGUCAGCAGGAAAGUGUUGCUAGACGAUACGGAACCCAUCACUUGCCAAAUUGAGAAUUGGCGCACCGUAGACGGUCACACAGAAUUCGUUAUUAAAGUCCAUAGAGGACCGUUUUCCGACCACACCUGGAAGAUAAACAAACGUUACAAUGAUUUUCUUAAGUUGCACCAAUCCUUGCAAGUCUCCGGGAUCCCCCUGGACUUACCCCCAAAGAAACUUAUCGGGAAUAUGGACCCACAGUUUAUCAGCGAACGCCAGAAGGGUUUACAAACAUAUCUAAAUAGCGUCCUGAUGAAUCCUAUACUGGUUUCUUCUUUACCAGCUCGAUCUUUUGUAGAUCCUGCUAAUUAUUGCCAACCUUUCGGGGAAUUGGCUUUACAACAUGUUUCUCUGGCUCUACGCGGUGAAGUAGGUUGGGAAGUCGUGGGGCCCUUGGCUGAGAUUGGGUGGAGAAUAAGAAAGCAUUUUUAUACACUCAAAUGUAAAUCUAUGCCUAAAGAGGAGCUUAUAGGUAGCUGGACUGAUUACGGACCUGAUAAAUACUUAGACGACAAAGAUAUGCAUUCUGUCUUCAAGAGUCUUCAUCAAAUUCAGCAUCCAUUUAUCGAGAAAAUCAGCCUGUGCUUGUGCACAGACAUUGGAGGACUUGUAGUGAGGAAUUUCAAUAAAAACGGGUCUCUGAGAGAUCUUUUGUGCGGAUCCAAGCCCAAGUUGUCGUUUUUGAAAAAAUACGGCAAUCCAAAGGGCCACAAACAGCUCAGUCCUGAUGAAAUAGCUUUGUAUGGCAGACAGAUUUUGGAAGCGUUGAAGUUUUUGCAUGAAAAAGGAUUUCCUUAUGGUCACUUGCAGAGCGGAAAUAUUUUAAUAGAAAACGACAGAAUCAAGCUCCUGGAUAUUGAAAACGGCGUACUGGGCGUACCAUCAUAUUACAGGCCUUACUUUAUGCAGCACAAAAGAAUCAGUACUUCCGAGGCCAUAGACGUAUAUUGUUUUGGGCACGUCCUGUAUGAGAUGGCGAUUGGGUCGCCCUUACACGAGAGUGUGAUGUUGGAUGACGUUCCAGAGUGUCCACCCCAAAUAAAAAAAAUCUUGGAAUCCAUUCUAUCACACGACGCUUGCAAGAACGGACUACCCAACAUAGAAACCCUGUUAUCUGACUCGUUUUUCGCGAAAGUCCAGUUAAAUCUAACCUCAAACGAUAAAGCGCACUUUAAAAUACCGACAGCAGCUAAAGAACAUCUCAAAACUGUGGUAACUAAGAUAGAAGAGAGGCUCAAGGGUGAACAGAAGGUGGUUAGAAGCCAGAAAUUGCUUACCAAAGUGCAGGAAAUGAUGAGCAGCGAAGAGGAGAGGAAAAAACACAGGAGCAGAAUGAAGCAAGAGAAGUUGUUGAAACAGCAAAAAAGCAAGGACGGCACUGGCAAGAAACCCAAUGGCGUAGAAAGGUGCGACAGCGUGAACAGUAGCGCCGCUACUUCCAUAGGAACAUCAACGCCACCUUCAGUCACUGGUUCGACCGUUCCUUCACCUCCCCCGCCACCUCCUCUGGUGUGUCCGGACCCUGUAGUACCCCCAGUACCUCCGCCACUGAUCUCUAACGGUACGGAACCGCACGCCGCUGUGCCACAGGCGAAAGACAGGUCAGCGCUAUUGAGCGCUAUCACUAGUUUCAAUAAGUCGGCAUUGAAGAAAACGCAGAAUAAUGAUGGGGCAGUGGACAUUUAAGGACGAGGACUCAGGUACGAACGACGCGCUCAAGAAUAUUUAAGAGUAUUUGUUUUGAAGGGGUAAAUAUAUGUUUGAAUUUUGAUUUUGUUGGUACACUGUUUAGCAGUGUUGCCAACUCUUCGCUAAAAAUCUGACUAGAAUCCUACUAAAUCUUUAAAAUUGUUCUAUAAUUUCAAAAAACUCGAUUUUUAUGAUUUAAUUACAAAUGAAUAGUUUUCAGACUUUUCCCCGUACUUGUAGUAUAAAGCUUGAUUUUCAUGCGUCCGUUAUCCGUUGAUCAUCCGUAAAUUUUUUACUCCAGCCCGUCAACGGAGGAAGAUCGUACGAUAACGCAUAG